CGGAGCCCCGGAGCCGGCGGAGCUGUCCGGGCCCGGGCUCUGUCCGUGGUGCUGCCGCCCCCGCGGCCGAGCGCAGCCCCCGGACCGCGCCCGGCCCGGCCGCUCCUCGCCCGGCAUCCUGUUGCGCCGGGAGCACGGCGAGCGGGGGAAGAGCAUCCUGCCGAGGAGCCUGAGCGCCGGCCCGGCUCGGAACAAUGGCUGCGCUGCCGCGGCUGCUCUGCGCGGCCGCGCUCGCCCUGCUGCUCUGGGCUGGAUUUUGUUCCUCAGUGUGUGUGGAAGUCCCAUCUGAGACAGAGGCUGUCCAAGGGACCGACAUGAAGCUGCUCUGCAUCUCCUGCAUGAAGAGGGAAGAGGUGACGGCCACCACGGUGGUGGAAUGGUUCUACAGGCCCAAUGGGGGAAAGGAUGAGCCUAUCUACGAGCACAGGAAGAUGAACCACGAAUUUCCAAGCCGCUUCAGUGGCCGGAUACAGUGGAAUGGGAGCAAAGACAUGCAGGACGUGUCCAUCACUGUGCUAAACGUGACCCUGAACGAUUCAGGCAUCUACACCUGCAACAUCACCCGCGAGUUCGAGUUUGAGAUCCACCGGCCCCUCUUCCAGAGCUCCAGGGUGAUCCACCUCACCGUGGUGGAGGAGGCUGGAGAAGACUUCACCUCCGUCAUCUCAGAAAUCAUGAUGUAUAUUCUGCUGGUCUUCCUCACGCUGUGGCUGCUGAUUGAAAUGGUCUAUUGCUACAGGAAGGUCUCCAAGGCAGAGGAGGCUGCCCAGGAAAACGCGACAGACUAUCUAGCGAUUCCAUCAGAAAACAAGGAAAACUGUGCUGUGCCUGUGGAGGAGUAGCAGAGAGGAGUCAGCGGAGCAAACGGCACCAAGGGGCUCUGAAGACCGAAGGACCACGCCACGCCAGCCAGGUUUGAGGGGGAGCUCUGCGCCGUCGGGAGGAACACAGGGAAGUGUAAAUUCUCUUCCAUUUGCCUUGGACUCUGUACAGCCUUGACUUUGGCCCCAUGACCCCAUCCCGAGUGCCAGCCCGCGUGCUGAAGGACUCCUCUGUGGAAGCACGCUGAGCAAAUGGCACAGGGGUGUGGGCAGCACGGCUCCUUCCCCAGUUUCGGUUCCAUCAUCACCUCAAUGGCUUUGUAAAUGUUACCUGUCACUUCUCAGCUGCUCUCACCACCACCUUUAUUUGCUAAAUACGCUACUUCUCCAUUGCAGAGGUCAAGGGUAUGUAUGGCACGCUGCUCUGAGCUGCAGGACUGCGAAUGAGGUUCUCUUAGGGGGUUAUUCCACCACAUACUGUGGCCCAAGCAGUUUUACUGGUGUUCAAACAGGAAGAAUUUAAUUAAUGAAUGAAAUCACUCUGGAUUUGGGGCUGUCCAUGCACAAGCAGAAUAGGGUGAAGACUGUAAUGCACUAGAAAUGUGUAGUGAGGACAGGUCCCUGUGCCAUGUUCACACUUUCUUCUGGAGGGGAUUGAGAAUCCGGAUCCUGCAUUAUUCCUGCUGGGAAGCAGGAUGACGUAAGUAUGAGAAUCCCCUGCGUCCCUCUCAUUUAUCAAGUGUCAAAACGCUCAGCUCCUUCCACCUGCCUGGCACAGCAGGUUUGCUCCUGGAGUACACAGCGGCAGGAGGAACCUGCAGAGCCACGUCCUGCAGCAGCUGGCACGGCAGCAGGACAGGGUACGGGAUCCACCUUUUCCUGGGAAACCCCGGAAAGGAAGGCAGCCUCAUGCUGGCAGGCAGGAGAAAUAAAUAGGAUGCAAAGCCCUCACAGAAGGAUGGCGGCCGAGUAAAAUGGUUGUAGUUUUUGUAACUGUGACAGUUCUCCGGUGCUGUAGCAGCACCAUCUAGAGGGAUAGACAGAAAACACCCACUUUGCCCGGUUAAUCCUAAUUCUCUCUUGUGGUAAUUAAUCACCAGUAUAAAUAGUCUGCAUUCAUCCUAAAUGAUCCCCUGCUGCCCAGGAAUCACCCUGGAAAUCCUAUCUUCCCUAUGCAAACUUACCUUUUCUGAGGGUUAAGCAGAGUAAAAUUCGUUUUCUGUCCUUCAGUGUAGAUCGGUUGAGCUGAGCAGCUGGGAUUGGAAGGGGGGAAAAGGCAGAAACGUUGGCCAGGGUGGAAUUCUGCUGUUAGACCAGGGCGGGAAGCUCUGGGUUUGUUGUAUGGCAGAGGCUGUGACAUCCCUGCUGCAAUGGAGCCUGUGCUGCUUUGCCAGAGCUGACAAGUUCUGCUCCACUGACCGCUUGUAAGUAGUUCCAAAGUGCUCGUGACUCCAGGCAUGCUCCCCGCCCACGGAAUCCCCUCUGCUUUGUUCUGCUGCUUUUUAUGUGUUUGCUAAAAUCAUGGAAAUUACCCCGUUUGUAAGUCAGGCCCAGGCCAGAUUUCCAGCUGGCACUUGUUCAAAAUCCUUUUUUCAGACUGGGUGUCAACUUUAGUAAACUACUCCAGUGCAGUGUUGGUAGUAGGAUUGCUCCCAAACCCAGAGCCAAGCCUGGCAAGGGGAGCACAUUUUCCAGACGAAGCACACUCGUAGUCUGGGCACCAGUUCCCAAAAAACCUAACAUCCAAAAGGGAUAUCCAAGCAGCUCCUCUUUGAAUUCAGCUGGAUCUCAUCUUUUUCCCUAUCCCACUUUGCCUGGCAGAAUCCUGAACUCAACAGAGGAGGGACUGGGUUGUAACUCUGGAGUUUCCAGCACUGGCCAUGGCACUGAGCCCAUGGUGAUUUUUAGGACACCUCUCUCCUACUUCAGCUCUGCUCCUCAGUCCCCGUGAACCAUGGAUCACCCUCUGGUGUCACACUUCAAUCAAAAAGGGAGUGAACCCAAGAACUUCUUGAGAGCUACCUCAGGUGGCAAAGAAGGGUCAUCCCCUUGUCCCGCACCUCCCCGUAUCCCACAGGCAUCUUCUGCAGAUGCUCUUUUUUUGGACAAAUCUUUCACCUUUCCAGUUCCUGCAGACAGGGGUGACCAUGGCCACGUGGCGUUCCAAGCAGAAGGAAACGGGGUGCAAAGUUUUGCUCAAGGAUCUCACAGGGAAAAAUGGAUAAUAAUUAAAAUACCAGUGAUUUAUCAAGACCUGGAAGAGAUGCUCCCAGCAAAGACUCUGUGUGUGUGUGUGUGUUUGGAAUGGGAGAGGGGACUCUGGAACAGGCAGGAUAAUAAAGAGAACAAAGAGCCA